AUGUGUCGGGUUCCCUUCCACGCGAGGCUCUUCGGGCCGUGGCUCGCCAUCGCUGCGGUCCUGGUCCUCGGGCAGGACGCAGCAGACAAGGCAAAGUUUGGCGACCCUAUCAACGUCCUCGGUAGUAUGGAAAGAACCGACCAGGACUUCCAGGACGGCUUAGCACUAGACCUCUUCUCACCCAAGAACCGCACGCUGGUCGUCCAACAGAACCUCACCCCGCUGCCGGGCAACUUCGUGACGGGCACCACGGGCGGUCCCUUCAUGGCCCUCCAGAACUACUCGUACGUCAUCAGCCUCAACGAGUCGGCAAACGACCUCAUCGCCAAGAUCGAGAUCCCCUACGACCCGGCUGCUCUCGCCGCGAUCGGCAUACAAGAGAGCAACACCUACGUCGGUACGCUGGCCGGUGACAAACGAAGCUGGAUCGUCAACGAUGCGACGCGCAACGUGCAUAGAGAGGAGAACAAUACUCGGAUCAUCAAGAUGACGUCGCUCCAGGGCGAGUAUAUCCUGCUUGGGCGCAAAACGGUGGAUACGGCCAACGAGUUUGUGCAAUAUGGUCAGGGAGCUACGAGGACGGUCAACGUUACGGCGGGGAAUCGACAGGAAGCUGAGUUCAUUGACGGCUUAAGGCUGAGUGUUGUGCCGAGUACCGACAUGGGCAUCAACAUUGAUAUCGUGAAUGGGAUUUCGCCGCAGGCUGUUCCGCCCGGGUUGGUGCCGGUUAACAGUUUCGCGUGGGUUGUCAACUCGAGUUCACCUGGCGCUCCUAUGCUCGCAGAUAUGAAGUUUCCGUGUAGACGGGCAGCAUGUAAUCACACUCUCCUCGUCCUCAAGUUCAGCCCCUUCAUCAACACCACAUGCAACCUCCCCCUCCUCACCCUACCUCCCCCAUCUCAACCAAACCCCCUAAGCACAAAGCGUCAAAACGACAUCCUGAUCCGCCGUACAAACCUUAACCUGACUACCCCCGGGACUAACACCGCCCUCCCACACAAUAGCAGGACAACUCGCAAGCCGACUCGCCACGACAAUCUUGCUCCCCUUGAACCCGUCCCCGAACACGGUGCUCAAAUCGUACCAUACUCCCGCGCCGUCCAGGUUAUACGCGUACACGAGCUGCGGCGCGCCGGUGUAAAGGCCGUCGCGCGCGCGGGUGACUUUGAGGGCCCGGCCGCCGGUGGUCGGGUCCCGGGUGAAGGUCUCGCUGUAGGAGCCGCCCUUUGCGGCCAGGGGUCCGGCGGCGCGGACGUCGCCGCCGACGGACCAGAGGGAGACUUCGGUUGCGCAGUUGUUUACGACUGUUGCUUUGCCGAGGGCUGCGGUUUGGGUUGCGGCGGCGAGGAGGGGGAUGAGGAGGGAGGUGAGAUGCAUGUUGGAGGCUGGGGAGUUGUGUGCUUGAGUGGAAAUUUGGUAGAUUCUGGAAGGCUGAGGAUUGUCUCUGGCUUGAGACCUUCGUGGUUUUAA